AUGAAACAACACGUCGUCGACGGGAUCGUAAACGUCAUCUUCUCAGCGGGCGCGAACAAUCAGCUGAUCGCGACUGGAGACUGGAGAUCUCUCGGCGACCAGGCGACGUCGGGCGUGACAACUCGGCGAUUGGAUUUAAUUAAAUUUAUGAAUUAAAAGUUUCCUGGAAAUCGUCAGCUUGAUCAGUUCACGGGAAAUGGCUUUAAAUCUGUUUAAACAGAUCGCAAUACUUGGACAACGUCCGCUCGCAACGAAAAUCUCGUUGGCAAAAUUCUACACUGGAAGUCUGUACGAGCCGGAUUACUUAGAGACGGGAAAAUCAAAAUUUCCCCUUCUACCUGUGGUAAAUGUACAAAUUACGGGUUAUGAUUAUCCUGUGCUAGAAUCUUACCAAUCUUUUGUACACAAGUUGGCAGACAUCCUACAGAUUGACGUAGACAACGGCUGGCCAUUACCACCUCAAGAACUUAAGAUACAGAAAUAUAAAACUGGCACGACAAAAAUUGUAUCUGAAUAUAAUCUAAAAAUUUAUGAGAGAAAUAUGCAGUUGUCAGAGAUAUCCUCUAUAAAAUGUUCAGUAUUAAUUAGGACAUUAGAAGCAGCUUUACCACAGGGUGUUACUCUGAACGUAAAUAUUUUCGAUCCUGCGCUAGAAGAGAAGCGAUAUAUACCAGAUAAAGAAUUGAUUGACUUAAAAUCUGCGUUAAACACAUUAAAAAAUAAAACUUAAAUGCAAAUUAAUUGUUGCGAAUUAAUGUAGGAUUUCAGUGCAAAUCCUUGUAUAUAUGUAUGUACAAUGACGCAAAAAUACUCUUUUUUUCUUCGAGUAUGUAAAUUCUUCAAACAGGAAAUAUUUGAAAAUUAUAUACAGAAUUAAUUGAUGAAAAGUUUCUUUGUUAACUUGUCUAAGACAAUUAUACAAUAUAUACAAAUUUUAUAAAAGUAUCUCAAUAAGAUAUUUCACGCUAUUUUUAUCUGUUUUUAUUAUUAACAAGAAGAGGUGGAUUCUCCUUACUGAAGAUCCGCCUAUGGGAUCCAGACUGUCAUCCGUUGUACCCCUUUACCUGUCUUGCAACUAGAUUAAAAUUAGAUAAAAGUAAAUUAUUUUUUAUCAUAAAUAAUGUCGGGUUUCCGUUUCAUUUCUUGCUCUUCUUGCACUUUCAUUAAUUCGUGCGCACGCGCGCGCGUAUGUGUGAUACAUUUAUUAUUUUUUUUAAUAAUACUGUUUACAAUAAACCAAAAUGCACGACCUUAA